UGACAUUUCCUCUUUAAAGAGCUGGAGCCGGGCCCAGCGCGCAAUGGCCGCGUGCGCAGAUUUAAGCAAGCCCCCCACGCCGAACGGGGCUCCGUCCGCGGACGCAGCGGGCGAGGCCGUGGACCCCUCCCACGCGUGCAGCGUGCUGCGGCAGCUCCGAGCCAUGUACGAGGAGGCGCAGCUGACGGACAUCGUGGUGGAAGUGGACCACGGGAAGACCUUCGCCUGCCAUAGGAACGUGCUUGCUGCCAUCAGCCCCUACUUCAGAUCCAUGUUCACUAGCGGCCUUACAGAAAGUACUCAAAAAGAAGUUCGAAUAGUUGGUGUUGAAGCUGAAUCGAUGGAUUUAGUACUGAAUUAUGCCUAUACCUCCAGAGUUGUUCUGACAGAGGCCAAUGUUCAAGCCUUGUUCACUGCCGCUAGCAUCUUCCAGAUCCCAUCCAUCCAGGACCAGUGUGCUCAGUACAUGGUCAGUCAUUUGGACCCACAGAACUCCAUCGGGGUCUUCAUCUUCGCUGAUCAUUAUGGUCAUCAGGAACUUGGAGACAGAUCAAAAGAAUAUAUUCGUAAGAAGUUUCUGUGUGUCACCAAAGAGCAGGAGUUUCUGCAGCUAACAAAAGACCAGCUGAUAAGCAUUCUGGACAGUGACGACCUGAACGUGGACCGGGAGGAGCACGUGUAUGAAAGCAUCGUACGGUGGUUUGAGCAUGAGCAGCAUGAACGAGAACUGCACCUCCCAGAAAUUUUUGCCAAAUGCGUACGUUUUCCUCUGAUGGACGAUACCUUUAUAGAGAAAAUCCCACCUCAGUUUGCACAGGCCAUAGCCGUGGGCUGUGUAGAAAGGGCACCGUCCAACACCAAUGGCUGCACUCAGAGGCUGGGCAUGACUGCCUCUGAAAUGGUCAUAUGUUUCGAUGCUGCCCACAAACACUCGAUAAAGAAGCAAACAGUGCCUUGUCUGGAUAUCGCCACAGGAAGGGUGUUCAAGCUAUGCAAACCGCCAAAUGACCUGAGAGAAGUUGGGAUUCUGGUGUCACCAGAUAAUGACAUUUACAUUGCAGGAGGGUACAGGCCAAGCAGCAGCGAGGUCUCCAUCGACCACAAGGCAGAAAACGAUUUCUGGAUGUAUGACCAUUCCACUAAUAGAUGGCUGUCCAAACCAUCCCUGCUUCGAGCCAGAAUAGGCUGCAGGCUGGUGCACUGCUGUGGUAAAAUGUAUGCCAUCGGCGGCCGUGUGUACGAGGGCGAUGGGCGGAACCCCCUGAAGUCUGUGGAGUGCUACGACAGCAGAGAGAACUGCUGGAGGACCGUGGGUGCCCUGCCGGUGGCCCUGGAGUUCCACAGUGCCGUGGAGCACAGGGGGAGGGUCUACGUCCUGCAGGGAGAAUUUUUCCUCUUCUAUGAGCCUCAAAAAGACUACUGGGGGUUUCUAACCCCCAUGACUGUGCCUCGAAUCCAGGGCUUGGCUGCGGUGUACAAGGACUCCAUCUAUUACAUAGCAGGAACCUGUGGGAAUCACCAGCGCAUGUUCACCGUGGAGGCCUACGACAUCGAGCUGAACAAAUGGACUCGCAAGAAGGAUUUCCCAUGUGAUCAGUCCAUAAACCCAUACCUUAAGCUGGUCCUUUUCCAGAAUAAACUCCACUUGUUUGUUCGAGCUACUCAAGUGACUGUUGAGGAGCACGUCUUCAGAACCAGCAGGAAGAAUUCCCUGUACCAGUACGACGAGGCUGCUGACCAGUGGGAGAAGGUGUAUGAGACCCCGGAUCGGCUCUGGGACCUGGGCCGGCACUUUGAGUGUGCUGUUGCCAAACUCUAUCCUCAGUGUCUUCAGAAAGUGCUCUGAGAGCAGCAGGCCUCACGGCAUCCCUGGCCUCUCGUGCCAGGAGACCUGUCUUAAGAAGUACUGUCCGUACUUAAGAAAGCUGAGUUCUGUGCACAGAAAUAGGUGCUCUUACAGCUUACAGCAUAGAGGGACUCGCUUUCGCUCUUCUGAUGCUUUCAUUUCAGUAAGGUAAAGGUGACAAAGUGCAAUUAUCAGCAUUUUCCCCCGGCAUUAAAGUAACCUGUCAUCCUAGAGUUUUGUGAUAGGCACUAAGGUCCUAGAGGAGUCGAGACAACUAUGCACUCCAUAGCGCAGUUAGGGUGUUACUGGGUGGAGACAUCCAGACCAGGUGGACAUGACUCUUUAUUUUAAAUACGGGUAACAAUCUGAGGCAAUAUCACUAGGAGUUGUUUAGCUGUGACCUCUAACACAGAAGCACUAACUUAGAUCCUCAUUCUUAGUAUUUAUAUGUAGUUACGUGUAUAUUUUUGUGUACUGUUUUCAAGUGAACUGAGAUUUAAAUGCAUUGUUACUAGAGUUGACUGAAGGAGACACUCAGUCCGAGAACCUUUAGUUAGAUUGUUUCAUGUUUCCCAUAUAACUUUAAGUUAAGCUAAAGUUUUAAAGUGGCAGUUUUCUGUCGGUUACUUUUUCAAGUGCUAACACUGUCUUAUUUUUUUAAAUCCUGGAAAGGGCUCAGAUUUGCAGGUGGCUGGUGCUAGCAUAAAUGAAUCUGCGUGUGUGGCUAGCCAGAUUUAAAUGGUCUGAGCCUGUACUCUCCUCUCUCAUGAGUGUGUCCGUUUCUUGGCCAUAGUGCUCUACCUGUUGACCUGUGAUCUCACAGGGUUUGCUAACUGUGAUAAGCAUGGCCAGGUACUGGUCUAACUGGAUUCAGCUGGAGAACAGUCAGACCAUUGUACCAAGUUUGCACUAACAUGGGCCAUUUUAUUGCCCUACCUCCUUUUCCAGCCUCUGCCUGUCCAGAUUGUCGGUACAGUGAAAGUUAAAUCAUAAUGUGAAGAUUUACAUCUACUUCUAAAAUUUUGUUUUUCAGAAACAUAAAAAUUUUCCAGUGGUUUAGUAGUUUAAUGACUUUUAAAAUUUCAUAUUACAAUUACAACCUCAUUUUUUUUCCUUUUGCACUUAACAGCGAUGAAUACACUGAAAUACUCGUUCUAACUGAAGGUGAUCAAGGAAGAGUGAGCAAACAGAACCAUGGCUAUCAGUACGAAGUCAUUUUUCACAUUUCAGUGAUUAAUUUCUACAGUGAGUUAGGAACAGUAACAUGAAGGACACACUUGUUUGUGUAUCUAAGGCAGUAUUUGGCUUGGUACCAUUCUUUACUCUGCCUAGAAAGACUGAUAAAGGAUUUAAGUAUAGCCCAGUCUGUGCUCAAUCAGAACAGUUUGAUUUUCUUGAAGAAAGCAAACUGGCAUGGUUUGUAUUAAAAACUCUUGCACAAAUUGUAAUGUGAUACUGUGAAACAAAUUUAAAACAUUGCCUCUUUGCAUCACAUACCUCGUUUUUCAGUAACUUUCUAAACUUUACAAAGACCUCUACAGGUAGGAACAGUUUUCUGAAGUGGAAGUUCAAGUGGACGGCAUUUGUAGAUGUGACAUUUUAAAAUCUAGUCCUAGAAAGCCAGAUCUGUGGCUUCUUACUGGCUGUGACAGUGUCUGUACUCUUUACAGACGUUGUCAGCCAGUAUCUUACCCCUGCCCCAGCUUUUUUUUUUUUUUUUUGUCUUUUAUCUUCAUGCUCUUUGAGUUAUUUCCAGGUUUUUUGUUUUUUGUUUUUACAAUUUUGCAUGCUGAGGAGAGGGGAAAUUACAACCAGUUUUUGCCAGAGAUUUCCAUGUAAUUUAUUUUUGCAAGCUUUGUUGAUUCCUUCCGCUUUUCGACAAUCUUAUGUAUUUAGAAAAGUGUGUUACUUGAAAACAUGACGCAACGUUGAGAGAGCAGUGUCCGUGUGCCGUGUGAUCCAUGAGAGAACAGUGCUGUAGUUGAUUCCGCGGCAGCUGUUCUCUUGAUCUGAACAAGGGUUGAUCCUCUUGCUGUAACAGUUUGAGAGAGUGAUCUAAGCGCAGUGUGUCAAGGCCAAGGCUUGGAAUUCGCUGUAGCAGCAGGAUGCCUACUGAAUCUUAUAUGAAGAACUCUACGUUCUAUAGCUCAGAUGUCUUGCCACUGUUACAAUGGCUUCAGAAGAGGUCCUGGGAAACAGAGUGCUCUGUGUGGGACUGUGUGUGGACACUACGGCACAUUUUCACAUGUGACGAGAAUGUAAGUGAAAGGCACAGUGGCCGCCGCAGCUUGGGGUGAGUCUGAGGGUCCAGUCCCACGGUAACUGUUUCCGUGUUUGAAGAAUGUGUGUCGCACUUUCCUAUGUAUUUUUUACACAUGGAAAAUGGGACUUGGUAUAACUGUGUCAUAGGAAAGUAGAAAUUGUGUUCUUUUCCAUCUUUGUUUUUUGUUUUCCUACAAGUUGAUGCUUAAGCAUCAGGCAGAUUUCACUGGUGCAUGAGAAAAGGUGGAUGUGAUCUGUAAGGAAUCAGAUUCCCUGUGUGAAGCCGUGUAAGAUGGCAUUUGAUGUUCAGUGCUCAGGUAUGUAGUAAGUACUGUAGUCCUAUGGGGGCAAAUGUGUAGAUAUUUUUAAACGUUUUGCCGUAAUUGCACAGUUUUUUGCAUUUUUACCUGAUGUCAUUGUUUCUUAUAAUAAAACCUUUUCUGAUUAAAAACUUCCAGUGUUGUAAUCUGACCUCCAGUGAGUAAGUUUUGCAGAAUUAAAAUUGUUGGAAGUCAUGAAAUACUUUGUUGUGAUAGAUUUUAAUCUGUUAAAUAUCUGACCUUUGGUGGAGAAUGAAAUAAUCUGCAUGAGUGUGUAUAAAGUUCUUGAGGUUCUGAUGAACCCACUUAUCUCGGCGACUCCUUGGUUCUGUUGCUCUGACCUGAGCUGUUCCUGUCCUUCGCUGAGGCCUACGCCUUCAUAGGCCAUCUGUCAGAGUCCUGUGCUGCUCCCUCUAUGCAGGUGCCCCUUCUGCCACCCCACCCUGCCUGAGCCAGCCCGCCUUGUCUGUGUGGUGCAGCAGCCCCGAGCCUGUCCACCUCUGCCAUCCUGGACUCUUAGGGGGAUUUCCCCACAUAGCAGUCUGAGUGAUGCCGUUAAAACAUGAGUUGGGUCACGUCCCUCUUCUGCUCAGGUUUCCCUGGUGACUUCCCAUCCCCCUCCAGAUGAGAGCCAGACUCCUCACCUGCAUGAUCUGCGCCCCAACCCCACCACUGUGCCCCCAACUCACUUGAUUCCAGCGUGCUGGGGUGCAGCCUUCUUCCUGCUGCAUCUCGUCACAGAAACCCUGACAGCCCACUGGCCUGUGUGCUGAAGUGUUUCCUCCGCCGAGGGCCUGCCCUGAGCGCCAUGGUUUCCACCUCCUACCCAUCCCACCUGCCUUCCCCCGUUAAAAUGUCUGCUCCCAGAGGCAAAGCGUGGGCUUCAUUCUCCUCUGCACUUCAGAGCAUUGCCUGGCGCAGAGACAGGUGCUCCUGGCGUGGUUAAGGAAGAAAGGAGUUUUCAGGUAGACCUCAGACCUCAGAGCGCCCUGAGAGGUGGCAGGACCAGAACUCUCUUCCGCUUUAUCACGUAGGACACGUGGAGAUUGAAGGUCACUGAACAAGGGGCUGCCUGGGCUGGGAGCCGAGUCUUCCAUUCCUCCUGGGUUCUGCACAUUCUGUUCCAAACCAAAUGCACAGAAGAUGUUCCCUCCUUGGAUUAAUGGUCACCUCUCCAGAGUUCCUUUUCUUCCAACAUUGUUAUAUAAAACACCUACUGUGAUUCUCUUCCAGGGAAGAGAGGAAGGGGAAAUAGCCUCUCUAUUGCCCCAUCUGCACCUCCUUCCCCACCAUGUUACUGUACCGACAAGCCACUAUUACAUGUUCUGGCAGAGAUGCUAGAAAAGUGGUGAUUUUGACCUUAAGCAUAUGGCAAUGUAUAGUGAAGCCAUUUGGACCUGGUGCUCCAUUUUGGAGGGGUAUUUAUUCAAUUCUCUGAUAAACAAGGGGAUAUCCAGGUUUUGUGUGUGUCCUGUGCAUUUCAAGAGAUGGGUCCAUUUCAUCUACAUGAAUACGGGUGUGGGCAGAGAGUUGUUCAUCAUAUCCUUAUGUCCACGGAAUUGGUAGUGAUUUCUGAUGUUGGUAGUUUGUUUCUUCCUUUUGUUCUUCGGUCACUUGCUAGAGGCUCAUCAAUUGUGCUGGUUUCCUCCAAGCAUUGGUUCUAAUGAUUUUUCUCUGUUGUUUCGUGGUUUCAAUUACAUUGAUUUCUUUUAGAUCUUUCUUCUUUUUCUAGUAAUGCAUUUAAGGCUGUAAACUACUCCGUAUCAUUUUUGUAGCAUCCCGCGAAUUUUGAUAUGUUAUAUUUUCAUUUUUAGUACAAAAUAUUUUCAUCAUACCCACUUGGAGAAUAUGCCCUUUCAUAAUUACAUGAUACCUCUUUUUAAUCCUUGCUAAUCUUUCUGGUUCUGAGGUCUUUGCUGUCUGAAACUAGUGUAGCCUCUUGGCUUUCUUACUCUUUGUGCUAACUUGAUUCCUCUUUUCCUUCUGACCUGAGUCUGUGUGUGCAAACUGGGUCUCUUGCAGACAGCUUGGAGCUGGACUUCCCUCAUACACUGGUGGUCUGUUUCUACGUGGCUUGUUUAGAGCACUUGCUUUAGAGUGCUUCCUGAUAUCCGCCAUGUUCGUUGCUGUUUUCUGUUUGUCUCCUGUGGUUCUGUUUUGGCUCAUUUUCUUGCUUUUUCUUGUAUUGACCUUUUUUAAAUUUCUCUGUUGUAUCUGCUCUUAACACAUCAGUCAUACUUUGAAUUCUUUCCAGUGGUUGCUGGUUCACCUGAUCCAAGGCCAGCGGAGAGGGCACUGUAUCACGCCCUGAGCACAGCUGCCCAACAGCAGAGUUGCCAGCGCUUGCUCUGCUCCUGCAGCCUGCCUUGUUCAGUUCACGUGGUGUGACGUGGUGUUAGGUGCUGGAGCUGCUCGACAGGUUUGUGUUACCUUUACUUUGCAGUUAUUCUUUUAGAUCAAUCCAUAUUAAAAGGGAUGUUUGACCUUCAUUUAUGCCUUCCCUGACAGUGUCCAUUCCUUUGUGCAGGUCUGAGUUUCUGGUCUAAAUCAAUUUCUUCCUGCCCAAACAACUUUCAUUUGACCUUGUUUGCAAGGCAGGUCUGCAAAUGAAAAAUUCUUCAGAUUUUGUGUGCUUUAUUCCUCUUCACUGCUGAAAGACUAUUUUGUGGGCUGCAGUGAGUAGUCCUGACUGACUCAGUCCUUCAGUAGCCUGUGCCUCGGACUGCAGCCUUCAGAGAUGCCUCUCCAUUGAUUCUCCUGCUCGGUCCUCCCUUCCUGGGCUGGAACAGCCCAGCCAUAAUCCUUGAACCCUGGCCCUGUUGACUGUUUGAUGCUCUUCCCUGUAGGAGAGAAGGCUGCAGGGAGACGGGGUUGGGAACGCUUUUCCAGCUUCGUCCAGCUCUGGCGAAGCGAAGCUUUCCCUGGAGAAGGUCCUUUAUCUCUGGGUACUUAAGAGUCUUAUCCCCACUCUGCCAGCCGGAGCCACUAGGGGUCUUCCUCGGAUCUGUGCCACAGGGCGCAGCUAUACCCCAGAGUCCGCCAGGGUGAUGCCUUCAACCUCCUUUCUCUGAAGCGUCCACUGAAAGUCUCCAGCUUUCAGAUGGAGCAGACUCUUCCCCUGAGGUCUGGGGCGACACUCAAGGUCUUCAUGUCCUGGUGCUGAGAUUAGAAGUCCCCACAGCAAGCUCCUGAGGCGUACGUGUAGGUCGGACUGAUGAAUGAUUCUUUGGUUUGUACAUAAAUGUCUUUCCCUUCUUUAUACGUAUGAUGUGUUUCACAAUGAAAAGUUGAGACUCAUUUUGUAAGUUUAUGUGCUACAUGUUUGGGAGUAUCUUUUACUUGUCAUGCACAUGUUCAUGGACUUAUUUGGCAUAUAGUUCACAGAAUGUUGACUCUCAAGUACCUAAUAACCCAGCACUCCAGGACCAAAUUAAAGUGAUAUAAUUUAAUUAAAAUCAAUCAUAUUUAGAUAUUUUUACCAGACUAUUAAGUUGAAAAUUUCAAUGUAAUCAUUUUAAAUUUUCCUUAUCAUGUUCAUAUGAAACAUUUAAUCCUUCCUGCCUUUCCUCCUCCAUAAAUAUAUGUAUA